CUAAGCGAAGGACUGAUCGUCUGCGCGAUCUCUGUAGAAACGAUUUGUAGAGUGGUGUUCGACGCUGGAGCGAUCCCUUGUUUACAGUCGAAGCUUUCUUCUUUUCUUUCUGGUGAGCGGUGUCUAAACCAGGGGCCAAAAUUCGUGUCAAAAACAGAGCCCCCCUUCCCGCCUUCAGGAUGGAUCCACAUCCAGAGACGGAUUUGGAUGCACCUAUGUCCAAUCCGGAAGAGGAGGAGGAUCGUCUGGCCCAUCACGGGGAGUCCGAAUUCGAAUCCGAAGGGGAAGAGGAAGAGUCCGAGGACCCGUCCGGAGUGAACGCCAUGAGCCAGCUGCACGUCACGGGUCCAGACCCCAACAAUAUCAGUUCGGACGACAUCCUGCUCGCACAGAUACGACGGCGACAGGAGGAGGCCGAAGAGCGAAAGCUGAUUGAGCGCGAGAUCCGAGCGCACAAUGAGAUGCGGAUCCAGCGGGGGGAGGACGCCGGCUACUUACCUUCACCGCCGACCAGCAACCACCACCUCGGCGGCGGCAGCAGCAAGUCGACAACGCCGUCUCCGUCUUCUCCGCCGCAGACUCAGUACCUGUAUGCCGCCAACCACCCAUUCGCGGCCGCUUUCUUGAAUCCGCACAUGGCUGUCGCCGCGGCUGCAGCUGCCCAACAGGCCGCAGCAGCUGCCGCCGCCGCCUCCUCCCACCACCUACCCCCGACUCAUACCCUGAGCGGGGGCUCCUCAUCGACGGGCUCUGCAACGCCCCCCAACAACGGCAUCAGUCUCUCGUCCCCAAGAGGACCAGCCAGUGACCAGGACCAGUCCAAGUACACAUUCGAGGAGCAGUUCAAACAGGUGAGAGCGAAG